AUGUCAGCCUGUACACCGCUGCUCGGCUGUCCCGAGCUGGCCGAGGUCGAGAUCCUAGAGCAGGUCGGCCAGGGCAGCACUAAGAGCGUGUACCGCGGCCUGUGGCGGGGUCACCAGGUGGCUCUGGCGGCACUGGCCGAACCCUCCCUGCGAGCAGACUUCCACCACGGCCUGCAGAUGCUGCGCUCGCUCAGUCCCUCGGAGCACGUGGUACAGCUGGUCGGCUUCUGCGGGGAUGUGAUUGUGACUGAAUUUCACCGGCGAGGUGACGCCAGCGCGGCCGCAGACCUGGUGAGGACAGCCGGCGGCGCGACGGCCGCCCGCCUAGCACUGCGCCUGUGUCGCAGCUACGCGGAAGCUCUGGCGUUCCUGCAUAACUCGCCAGCGGGCCGACGUGUCAUGUGUGACUCGAAUGACCUCCAGAAGACGCUGCAGCAGUGGCUGCUGACCGCUGAUGACUGGCUGGUGGUCGCUGAUCUGGACGCACUGCCCGACGCUAGCGCCGGGCCCGUGCGCUGCGGACGGCGUCCCAUCGAAGGAGAGUUUGCUGCCCCAGAACAGAGGUGGCGCGACGGGCGUGAGCCGCCCGGCUACGACGAGAAGACUGACGUUUGGAAGCUGGCUGCAGUGUGUGAUCAUUUUCUGUCGGCGGCGCCUGAUGGCGAGUAUUUGAAACUUGAACUUCACGGGAUACACAAGAGAUGUCGCUCUGUCCCUGCGCGGCUGCGUCCAUCAGCCGCGGAAGUGGUGGAAGAGUAUGAUCGUGUUGUCCACGGAUUUAGCGAGUCAGAAUAUGUGUCACCGUCUAUGGUGUCACGGAUACUAUGA